AUGACUGACUUGUCGGAUGAGCCAAAGGUUACAUUCGCAUCCACAAUUUUAGUGGAGAAGUCUCCAGUAGAAGCAAUGGAGGCCUUGAAUAUUAGAGGAGAACAAUUGAAGGAGAUUAAUCACCAAUUGGCUGAAUGGCUUACGGCAUAUGGAAGACUUCGUCUCAAAUAUUCUGAUGAGCUCAAAAAACUCGUUACUAAAGGUAAUGGCCUGCUCACCGAAGAUACAGACAGACUUCUUCAUAACGAUAAAGUAGACAGUAUGGGUCUUUGUACGCCUAUGUGGAAUUCUGUUUUGCAAAUUGCCAGAGAUGAAGUCAAAUAUUUUGAUUCUACUACCAGAACGAUGGGCAGAGAUAUGAUUGCACCUCUUAAAUUGUACACAAGGAGAAACGAUCCAAAACUUGUGGAAAUGGAUGAGAUCAAAGGCAUUGCUAGUUCAAUUUCGAGCUCUAACGCCGAUAAUGGCUCAAGUUCAUUGACAAAGAAAAAGACGCAGUGGUCGGAGAGAGCACCUGCUUUCUUUGAAACUUUUGAGAAUUAUGAUUACAAUAGAUUACUUCUUCUUAAGGAUGUGUUUCUAAAAUUUCAAACAGAGCUAUCUGAUGUUUUGGCAGAUUUGAAAAAGGACAACGAGGCUGGAAUUGAGCAUGUUCUCAGUUUCAAUCCUAACGAUGAAAUUAAACGGUAUGCCUCGGCUGUUCAGAAGAAAACCUUAUUGUUGGAUGUGGCGGAUGGCACUCACAAAGGUAAGAAGUCGGAUAAAUCAUUGCAAAAGAAUGGGGAAAGUCUUGAAGGUUCUGGAAAUCACAGUGAAGCUCAUGAGCGUUUGAGAUCUCAUUCCACCACCUCCAGUGCACGAGCACCUUCGUUAUCUUCAGAAGUGUCAUCCAAUACUGUGAUAAGAAGAAGAAUGGCAGCUUCAAAGCCUUCGAGUAGAAGACUUUCCAUUUUUAAGAGCUAUAAAAAGCAUACUGAUGAGUUGAAUAAUGUACCUCCAGCAACACCUGCCAAAAAUGGUAAUGGCUUCACUAAUGAACCUUCUCGUAGGAUGUCGUCUGCUUCGUCUAAUAGAUUUAGCAUGCAUUCUGGAAAGAAGGAGAAGAAGAAAAGGGGAAUGCGCUCAAGACUUGGGAACUUCCUGCAUCACAAAAAGAAGAAUAAUGGUGAAGACACUAACGGUCAUGCUGAGUCCUCAGAGUCUACUAGUCGUGUAAGCCGUGCUUCAACUAGCAAUACAGCUGAAGCUGAACAUACUGUUGCACCUAUAGCUGAAGAACAUGCUGUAGAAGCGCAAAACUCUGAUGCGGUUAUAAAUAAAGAUGGACAGAAGACAGAAUCAAAAUCCGAAGGCACCAAUGAGACUAAAAGCAGUCACUUGCCGGAAAUUCCUAUUACACCGCAAUUCCCAGCGAUGAAACCAACAAAACGGUCUGACUCUUUUGUGAGUAGCAAGAAAUCUUCGGUUGAUAACGGUUUGAAUUUGAGCUCUGGGAAAAAGAUCAAUACUGCAGACACAACAGCGUUAUCCGACAAGGAGACUCUCAAAUCAGAAAAGCCAUCUGCUGAGGCACAAUCUGAACGUUCUGCUGCUGAUAUAUCUAAGUCUACUGCUCCUGCAGAUCAAAAAUCGGCCUCCUCCGAGAAACCAAUUUCAUCUGAGUCUACUACUACUUUGCCACCCCUACCAUCCGAGUCAUUGGCUCGUCCUCCACCACCAACAGCUCGUAAGCAUGCUGUACAGACAUCAGAUGGUGCAAAUACAAACAGAUCGAAUACUGAAAGAACACCACCUGUGCCUCCAGCUCAGCGUAGAAUUAGCACGAUUGGAUUACAGCCAGCAAGAACAGGUACCUUGUCUAAUCAGGGAACAGGUCUCUCUGGUAACAUUACUGGAGGAGGUGGUCUUAUAAGUGGGCAAAUAGUUCAUCCUUCGUUGACACAUCCAGGCUUGAAUGCCUCUAUUGUGGAGCUUUUUAAUGCUACAUAUAAAUCGGGGCAUUGCGUUCGCUCUAAUGCUAUAGGAGAAGUGGCAUUCAGUUACAUUUUGGAUGAACCAGUGAAAAAGAUACCUUCAAAAAUUAACAUGUCUUUGAAGUCCAAGUCAGGAAAAGCAUUGCCUAACUUUGUUGUCAACACUCUUUUCCUAGAACAAAGUGAAAAAGAUCCAACAAGCUUUACUGUCAGUCAGCCAGCACAGAUAAACCUCCGCACUGUGGGGGGUUUGAAGUACAUGCUGAAUGGCCCAGAGCCACCUUUAGUAGUGCAACCAGUUUGGAAGCAUGAUCCUACCAAAUCUACUGUUAUAAUAUCGCUAAGACCGUCGGCAAAGCUUGAUGACUACCUACAGAGUAAUGAGCUAGUCUUAUCAAAUGUUCUAAUAUCUGUCUCAAUCCAGAAUGCACAUGCUAAGUCUGCUGCAACUAAGCCAUCUGGAUCUUUCAAUAGAGAGAAAGCUAGGGUUACAUGGAGUCUUCCUGCCGGUAUUCUUUUCGACUCUAUGAAGAAGGAAGAGAGGUUUAUAGCCAGAUUUAUAACCGAUGGAGUAGCAAAGGAAUCAGAGUCUGGUGUUCAAGUGCGGUUUACAAUUAACAAUGAUGAUGGUGCCGGUGCCGUUGGCGGUUUGAAUAAUGAUUUGGAAAUUACAGUCAUGGAUGAUGAUCCUGUUGAAAAUCCAUUCAAGAGUUCGACAAGUUUGGGUCAAAAAGAUGGCUCUUCUUCACCUUCCCCUGAAUGGUCUAUAGUCCCAACACUUAAAACUAUCGUUGCUGGUGGAUACUCUGGACAUGCUUAA